GGAUCCGCGGCCGCCGUGCGGGUCACGGGGGCCGGUAGGCGGCCUGGCACGGCGACGCCGCGGGUCCCUUUGGCCGCCCUGGUCCCGAGGGGCCCUGGGCACCCUCGUGCGGGAGGACCGGCCGGGCCUCCGCCCCCGCCCUGCGCACUGGCGGGUCCCCGAAGUCGCCUGCCGCUCUCCUGAGGCUCUUGGGUUACAUAUAGGACACCGCUCGGAGCUCUGGAAGUCUUUCCACACCCUGACCUGCCCGGCACUGGUAGGACAGGUUGCCAUCUUCAGAAUGAUUCCCUGCAGAGCAGCGCUGUCUUUUGCGCGAUGUCUGAUCCGGAGAAAAAUCGUCACUCUGGACAGUCUAGAAGAUACCAAACUGUGCCGCUGCUUAUCCACCAUGGACCUCAUUGCCCUGGGCGUUGGAAGCACUCUGGGUGCCGGGGUUUAUGUCCUCGCUGGCGAGGUUGCCAAAGCGGAUUCUGGCCCCAGCAUCGUGGUCUCCUUCCUCAUCGCUGCGCUGGCUUCCGUGAUGGCAGGCCUCUGCUAUGCUGAAUUUGGGGCCCGAGUUCCCAAGACUGGGUCUGCCUAUUUGUACACUUACGUUACUGUCGGAGAACUGUGGGCCUUCAUCACUGGCUGGAAUCUCAUUUUAUCUUAUGUGAUAGGAACAUCAAGUGUUGCAAGGGCUUGGAGUGGCACCUUUGAUGAACUUCUUAGCAAACAGAUUGGUCAGUUUUUCAGGACAUACUUCAAAAUGAAUUAUACUGGCCUUGCAGAGUAUCCUGACUUUUUUGCUGUAUGCCUUAUAUUACUUCUAGCAGGUCUUUUAUCUUUUGGAGUAAAAGAGUCUGCUUGGGUGAAUAAAGUCUUCACAGCCAUUAAUAUCCUGGUCCUUCUCUUUGUUAUGGUCGCUGGGUUUGUGAAAGGAAACGUGGCAAACUGGAAGAUUAGUGAAGAGUUUCUCAAAAAUAUAUCUGCAAGUGCCAGGGAGCCACCUUCUGAAAAUGGAACAAGUAUCUAUGGGGCUGGUGGCUUUAUGCCUUAUGGCUUUGCAGGAACUUUGGCUGGGGCUGCAACCUGCUUUUAUGCCUUUGUGGGAUUUGACUGCAUUGCAACAACUGGUGAGGAAGUCCGGAAUCCUCAGAAAGCUAUUCCUAUUGGAAUUGUGACUUCUCUGCUCGUUUGCUUUAUGGCCUAUUUUGGGGUCUCAGCAGCUUUAACACUGAUGAUGCCAUACUACCUCCUCGAUGAGAAAAGCCCGCUUCCUGUAGCGUUUGAGUAUGUUGGAUGGGGUCCCGCCAAAUACGUCGUCGCAGCAGGCUCACUGUGUGCUUUGUCCACAAGUCUUCUUGGAUCCAUUUUCCCAAUGCCUCGUGUAAUCUAUGCUAUGGCGGAGGAUGGGUUGCUUUUCAAAUGUCUAGCUCAAAUCAAUUCCAAAACGAAGACACCAAUAAUUGCUACUUUAUCAUCGGGUGCGGUGGCAGCUGUGAUGGCAUUUCUUUUUGACCUGAAGGCCCUCGUGGACAUGAUGUCCAUCGGCACCCUUCUGGCCUACUCUCUGGUCGCAGCCUGUGUUCUCAUCCUCAGGUACCAGCCUGGCUUAUCUUACGAGCAACCCAAAUAUUGUCCUGAGAAAGAAGCUCUGAGAUCAUGUGCCAACACUGCCUCCAAAAGCGAGUCCCAGGUCACUGUGCUGCCAGGACAGGGCUUCAGCCUGCGAACCCUCUUCAGCCCCUCGCUUCUGCCCACAAAACAGUCGGCCUCUCUCGUGAGCUUUCUGGUAGGAUUCCUCGCAUUCCUCAUUUUGGGCCUGAGUACUCUGACCACGCACGGAGUCCACACUAUCGCCAGGCUGGAAGCGUGGAGCCUCGGUCUUCUGGCGCUGUUGCUUGUUCUCUGCGUUGCCAUUGUGCUCAUCAUUUGGAGGCAGCCUCAGAAUCAGCAAAAAGUAGCCUUCAUGGUUCCAUUCUUACCGUUUUUGCCAGCCUUCAGCAUCCUGGUGAACAUUUACUUGAUGGUCCAGUUGAGUGCAGACACCUGGAUCAGAUUUAGCAUUUGGAUGGCGCUUGGUUUCCUGAUUUACUUCGCUUAUGGCAUUAGACACAGCCUGGAGGGUAAUUCGAGGGAUGAAGAUGAUGAUGAAGAUAUUUAUUCAGACAACAUUAAUGCAGAGACAGAAGAAAAAUCUGCCAUUCAAGCAAAUGACCAUCACCAAAGAAACCUGAGUUUACCUUUCAUAUUCCAUGAAAAGACAAGUGAAUGCUAGUACCUGCAGGAGCAGAGCUGGUCCACAGUCUUCACGUACAUGUCCUACCUGGAGUGAACCGUGACGGAUGUCAUCAUCGUGCUAGGUUGUCAUCGGUUUGCUGCAGACACAGUUCACCCUAAUUUAUACUUACUCGCCUGGACAGCACCUCCUCAGAUGGUGAAUUAUGCAUCCAGGGAAAGCACCCUGAGCUCGCUCCUCAGUGAUGAAUAUCCCCCAGAUAGUGGGAUCGUGGGAGUGUGUGUGUAUAUGUUUGUAUAUGUUGGGGAAUAUCAAUGUUAAAAGUUGUUGGUGUUUUACUAUUAUUGUAUUGCAUUUUUCCAGUGUUGUCAUUAAUCGGUAGCAUAUACUGCACAUACUGAAAUGGAGGUAAUCACGGAAUAGAAAAAUAUUUUGUAUGUGCUGGGUGUGGUUGGGGAAAUAGCUGUUGCUUUUCCUUAUUAGGCUUUAUUAAUAUCAAGUUAGAACAUGCUAAAAAUGCAUUUACCCAUCACAGUGUCUGUCAUUGGUCUGGAGUAAGAGGAGGGGAUAGGAAAUGAGCCUUUUCUACAACUUAUAAAUGCCAGCAGUGGGUUUAGUACAGAUUUUUCUUCCGUGAGGUGUGACAGUUUGCUAAAACCUUCGCCAAUAGGAGUGUUCGUGUCUGCUGUACUGCGCAGGGCAGGAGUGGCCCUCGGUGUCAUCAGAUGUCAGGCACCCCUUUGAACUGCUGUCUUCUUUGAGAACAGUCGUCCUUAAAUGUGAGGCCUUCACCUUCUGUGAAUGAUAUAUUGCCCCCUGCCCUGUCCCAGUUCAGUCAGGGGCUUGAGAGAGGUAGUGUGAUCUACUUGGGACCCUCUGUGCUAGAAAGUGAACGUGGUCCCCAUGGGCAGGAAGCUCAUGUAAGUGGCAAAGAUGGGGAUAUGUUUGAAGAUCAGAGUAGACAUGUGCUUGGACAAGUAGACCCCAAGCACCCCUGUUUUAAAAGUCAGUUAAAAUAAGCCAGUAGAAUCUCCCAGAUCACACAAUUGGUGGAAUGAUUCAUACUUUUUUCCAUUGCUUAAUAAAUAAUCACAGUUCAACUUUUUUUUCUAACUCGGUAGCGAAUUCUCUUUCUACUACACGCCAAAAAAAAGGAAAAAAUGAAGGGAUACAAGAAGAGAAAAUUCCCCUAUUCUGAUUUUAAAGUGCCUAUUCAGUUAUUAAAGGGCAUUUGACCCAAUUUUAGGGGUUCAGAUCUAAUUUGCCUCUGAUGUUUCUUUUGGAAACAGGGAUGUUUUUCUUCCCCCAUCCCAUAAAUUGUGUAGCACUUUUUAUUUCAUUUAUUUUUAAAUGACCACACUAAAGCUAUUGAUACAAGCUCUAGUAUUCUACAAAAACCCAUCAGUGGUUGGGGAAUAGAAUACUUUGGUAAAAUACAUGAUUGUUUAAAAUGUCAAGCUGAAAAAUUAACCAAAUUGAAUUAAAGCCAUAGAAACACAAUAA